AUGGCGACUUCUGUGUCUGAAGAGUUGAGUGAAGUGCAAGUGUUGGACUCAAAUGAGCCACUUGUCACGGCUUCCUCUUCUGCGCCGUCUUCAAGUAGUGCGCGAGUGUUGGACUCAAUAGAGCCGCUUGUGCCUACUACUACGCAAGUGCAAGUGUUGGACUCAAAUGAGCCGCUUGUGCUCCCGUGUGUGCGAUUCCCGGUCCUUGACGAACCGGUUGCUGGUCCUAGUGGGAUGUCUGGUCCCAGUGGAGCAGCUGGUUCUUGUGGUAGCCUAUCAGCUAUUGCUAGUUCUUCGGAGGACGAGGGCGAGGAAUUUGCUGCUGCGAUGCCCAGACCUACUGGGUCAUCUGGCAGAAGGCUUAACCUUUACUCAGAUGAGAUAAGAUCCAUGUGGAACUGGAGAAAAAUCUUCUCCAAAUUGGGUACACAUGAACAGUGUGUUCAGUUUGCGGAGGAGAGAGGACUCAUCCCAGUAGACAAAAUCUGCGCAUACCACCGGAAGCCAAUGAUUUUGACAAAGGAAGCAGGGCAAGUGGGAAAAUUCAGAUGCCGGAAAAGCAACUGCCGCACCAAAACAGUUUCUCGUGCUAUUGGGACCUGGUUUGAAAACGCACACUUGUCCCUCACUUUAAUAUUUCAAAUCAUGUAUGCAUUUAGUGAGGGACUGUCUUACAACCAAACGAGGAAGGAGCUAGCCUGUGAUGAUGGCCUAGUAGUUUCUGCCAGAACUGUGGCUGACUGGUUUAGUUAUUGCCGGGAAACAAUUUCCAUUUUUGAACUGGAAAAUCAAAGGGCCCAAGGGAAGAUAGGUGGCCCUAAUAAAGUGGUUCAAAUAGAUGAAUCGAAAUUUGGUAAAAGGAAGUUUAACCGUGGGAGACAUAUUGAAGGACAUUGGGUUAUUGGCAUGAUCGAAGAUGGCAAUGACGAUCUGCGGCUUGAGAAAACGAAGAACAGUCUCGACCUAAACGCUCUAGACCAGCUGUACCGCUUCCCAGCGCCAGUUCAAGAACUCAUGGUGCACUCCAUUUGCCGUCGGCUGGAAAAGUUCAAAACAGGUGCAGAAGACCAGAAUGCAAAAAGAAAAGCACAAUUAUAUGCAAGAAGUGCAACAUUCACUUGUGCCUAA